AUGGACCUGAGCGCGGCCGCCGCGCUGUGCCUCUGGCUGCUGAGCGCCUGCCGCCCCCGCGACGGGCUCGAAGCCGCCGCGGUGCUGCGAGUGGCGGGGGCAGGGCCGGCCGAGGGCCCGGGGGGCGGCGGCGGCGGCGGGCGCACCCUCGUCGCGGCUGCGGGCGCCUCUGCUGCCCCGGCCGCCGCGGCUCCCGGGGCCCGCGCCUCGCGCCGCGCCGCCGGCUCCGGCUUCAGGAACGGCUCGGUGGUGCCGCACCAGUUCAUGAUGUCGCUUUACCGGAGCCUGGCCGGGAGGGCUCCGGCCGGGGCCGCCGCCGCCUCCUCCGCGGGCUCUGGCCGCCACGGCCGCGCGGACACCAUCACCGGCUUCGCGGACCAGGCGACCCAAGACGAAUCGGCAGCCGAGACCGGCCAGAGGUUCCUGUUCGACCUGUCCAGCCUGGCCGACGCGGACGAGGUGGUGGGCGCGGAGCUGCGCGUGCUGCGCCGCGAGCCCCCGGAGCACGGCCGCGGCCCGCCGGCGCCCCCGCCGCUGCUGCAGCUGUCCACGUGCCCCGACGCCGCGCGCGCGCCGAGCCUGCUGCACUCUCGGGCCGCCGAGCCCCUGAGCGGGGAGCGCUGGGAGGUGUUCGACGUGGCGGACGCCGUCCGGAGCCACCGCCGGGAGCCGCGCGCCCCCCGCACGUUCUGCCUGUGGUUGCGCGCGGCGGCGGGUCCGGCGCGGGGGCCGCUGGCGCUGGGACGCCUGGGCUUCGGCGCUCGCGGCGGCGGCGGCGCGGCGGCGGAGGAUCGCGCGCUGCUGGUGGUGUCCUCCCGCACGCAGAGAAAGGAGAGCCUGUUCCGAGAGAUCCGCGCCCAGGCCCGCACCCUCGGGGCCGCGCCGGCCGCCGAACAGCCGCCCGACCCGGGACCCGGCGCCGGGGCGCUGACUGCUGUCCUUGGCGGUCGCAGGAGGCGGCGGACCGCGCUGGCUGGGGCCCGGGCUGCGCCGGGCGGCGGCGGCGGCGGGGGCGCGGGCCGCGGCCACGGGCGCCGGGGCCGGACCCGCUGUAGCCGCAAGCCGCUGCACGUGGACUUUAAGGAGCUGGGCUGGGAUGACUGGAUCAUCGCGCCGCUGGACUACCAAGCGUACCACUGCGAGGGCGUCUGCGACUUCCCGCUGCGCUCGCACCUCGAGCCCACCAACCACGCCAUCAUCCAGACGCUGCUCAACUCCAUGGCGCCCGACGCGGCGCCGGCCUCCUGCUGCGUGCCCGCGCGCCUCAGCCCCAUCAGCAUCCUCUACAUCGACGCCGCCAACAACGUGGUCUACAAGCAAUACGAGGACAUGGUGGUGGAGGCGUGCGGCUGCAGGUAG